AUGGAUGACGUAGAUAUUGAUAUGUUGAUGGAAAUACCAGAUACCCCUGAUAGAGCAUCUGGAAGGCAGACCAACAUGGUGCAAUUAGGUAGAGCAAGUGGUUCAUCAAGUGUUAGAAAUUCUGAUUUGAUGAAUAUAGAGCGAUUUAAUCAGCUGGACAUCAGGAGUCGGGUAGCACAUGAAAAUGUACAUCAGGGAAGAACACACUUGCACCCACCAAGGAGGCCUAUAAUUAUUGACGAUUUAGAGCAAUCCGGCAAGCAUACUACAUCUCGUACAAAUAAUUCUCAUCCUUUUCAGGAUGCUUCUUUGUUCAGAAGAGCAGCAAGAGUUGACAAUUCCAGGCCUGAAACUAGGCAACCUAGCGGAGCAACACGUAUGGACAAAGGGAAGGACCUUUGUGGUAAGGUUCCUUCUAAGCCGCCUGUUUCCAGAGAAAAAAGAACAACCAUGAGAUCGGUUGACCAGAGUGAGCAUGAGUAUGACCACAUAUUUGACAUGGCUUCUCCACGAGGGACAUCAAGUAGUCUUCAUUCUCAAGGGAGAUGUAAAGGUCAAAUAUCAAUUGCUGGUGCCCCAUCGCGGUCUCCUGUCUCUUCAAGGACAAUUCACAAUGCUUCUAAAGGCAAGGAGAAAAUAGAUGUUGGAACAUUCAAUGGUUCUUGUGCUGCUUUAAAUCGUGGUAAAGCAAUUGAUCUUUCCAGCUGUUCUCAGCAUGAAGUGACCACAAAUGUGUCUGCUUCUCAUCCAAAUAUUACUCCUCCAAGAGUCACUGGGCGGAAAAGACUAGUGCGCAAUGGGUGCAUUUCUCCACAUAACAUAGCCAAUGAAGCCCAGAGACAUAUCCAAAGAUCUAUUAGUGUUGAAACAAGCCAACCCCAGAAGGUGGUUUCUAGUGGUCCUUCUAAUGUAGAUAUUAAGGACAUAGUUACUGCUGACAAUAAUUUCGUGGAAAUUAUGCGAGUUCGCAAUUCUACUCGGGAUGGCCAUGUACGAGCAGCUAGCCCUGCACACAAUGAUUAUUCUAGUUUCUUGGAGAUGAAACGAGUUCGCCAUUCUACUCGAAAUGAACUUCCACCAGUAGCUUGCCAUGCAUCUAUAAGCAGCCAAGCUUCUCGGGACGGCGUAGCCAACAAAGAUGGUGAAGUGAACAGAGAUGGAUCAUUAGCUGGUUGGAGAAAUACACGCAACAGAGACGCGAUGCAUAGAGCUCCAACCGGUGUAUCUGCAACCGGCCAAAUAAACAUACCACAGGUCAUUGGAUCCAAAAGGCUAAGGAAACACGGAAAUCAUGGUGAAUCAUCCUCUUCAACUUGCGAUGACCCAGAGAUUUUGUGUCUUGGUUCAUCCCAAAGAUCAUCCAGACUUCAGAAUCGUGAACCUGACAGCUCGAUUAGACGUAACGAGAUUUCCCUUGAAACUAGAACACAGACCACUCAGGAAUCAGGUUCAGUGGUUGCUGACGAGUCGCAAGCCAGGACAAGGCAAGUAGAAGCCGAUGAGAUCUUGGCCCGUGAACUUCAGGAACAGUUGUAUCGUGAGAUGCCAGUAUAUGGGACAGGCGAGAUUGACGAGAGUAUAGCAUGGGAUUUGGCACUACAACAGGAGGAAAAUGUAUUCCCGGCUGCUUCUACUCAUAAUCAUCCUGCAUUACGUAUUGGUAGAGGAACACAGCCUCGGCCCCAAGCACAGGCCCCACGCAAUCCUCCAAAUAGAAGAGGAACACAGACUCGAAAUCCGAUUUCUAGGGUGUCACAGUUGAGGAACCGUUUCAACCGUUCUACUAUAGCAGCCCCUAGACGGAGGACUCGUAUUCCUGUAGCACUAUUUGGAGAGAGGAACCUUCAAUUUCCUCCGGACAUGGAUCUAGACAUGAGACUGAAUAUUCUGGAAGCCAUGGAGGCUGCAGUUGGAGACUUAGAUUAUGGAGCUAGGCACCUCCUGAAUCUUCAGCGUGAUUUCAAUGAGAAUGAUUAUGAAAUGUUGUUAGCUCUUGAUGAGAACAACAGCCAGCAAGGUGCAUCUGUCCAUCAGAUCAACAGUUUGCCAGAAUAUGUAUUGCAGUCCGACAACUUUGAGGGAGACUGUGCAAUCUGUCUUGAAACUCCCGCGAUUGGUGAAACCAUUCGUCAUCUUCCAUGCUUGCAUAAAUUUCACAAAGAUUGUAUUGAUCCAUGGCUUGGCAGAAACAAAUCAUGCCCAGUCUGCAAAUCUUCCAUCACAUGA